AUGACAACUUCAAAUUUCUCUAUCGAAGACUUGGCCAAUUCUUUAAUCGGAAGACUUGACCGUCGAAGAAUAUUUCCUCCUUAUUACAAUAACCCAGAAGGUUUCGUAUCGCCUACAACUUCAAUUACCAACAGUUCGUGUAGACGACCAAGACGUCCGCCAAAUGCGUUUUUGUUAUGCAGAAAGAAUGUGCACCAAGAAGCUAAACGAAGAGGGUCUUGCAAUAUGAGAGUUAUUAGUAAGGUAACAGGAAUUCUUUGGCGAAACGCAUCACUGGAAGAAAAGGAAGUUUAUGAGAGACUGGCGGAUGUGGUUAACGAAAUUCAUGUUCAGCGUCAUAAUGUAUUAUAUCGACAGUAUCAACAGCAGGAUGUACUUGGAGAUGUUUUACCAUUAUCACAACCAGCAACAUCAUGUAUAUCUACACCUUUAAGACCGAUGGCUUACAAACCAUAUCAAAUCCCUUCUCCCCCAUUUUAUCAUGGUAACUUGGAAAAGUCUUGGCAAGUUCCUUCUUCUACGGCUAAUUAUAAUUCUUCCUACAAUAAACCUGCUCAGGUCCAGGUCCCUUCCCCUCCCAUGACCAAUCAUCAUCCGGAUAAUAAUCCUGCACAAUUGAACAAUAAUAAUAAUUUCGGCGGGUUACAGUCCUUUGAUGAUAAUGCAAUAACUGAAUUACCUGCCUUCACUCAAGAUCAAAAUCAAUUAUUAACUUAUUAUUUUGAUCUUUUAGCUCCUCAACAACAAUAA